AUGGAGGCCGAGUGGGCCGAGGUCCGCGCCUUGGAAGCUGAGAUAGCAGUCCUGAGGCGGGCCUGCGGGGAGCCGCCGGGGCCCCAGGGAGAGACCUCCGGAACUCGAAAAGCAGUUCAAGAAAUAUACCAGUCAGAUCCUAAAGGAUGGGAGUCUUCACAAGAUCUGAGACUUCAACUUGGACAUUUAGAAUCUGAACUUUCAUUUCUAAGUACACUUACUGGCAUCAAUAUAAGAAAUUACUCCAAGGAAACAGAGGACCUAACAAGCACCGAGAUGACAGAAAAGAAUAUAAAGAAAGUUCUUCAAAAACACAGAUUAUCGGGAAAUUGCUGCAAGGUUACAUUUCAACUUGAAUUUCAGAUUCUGGAAAUUCAGAAUGAGGAGAGCUUAUCUUCUGUUGUUACUGACCUCAACAUAAUAAUGGAACCCACAGAAUAUUCAGAAUUAAAUGGAUUUGUGUCUAGAACUUUGUGUUGA